CGGGUAGUAAACGCAGUUGAUAUGGCCUCGGUGGCUAGUAUUGACCGAAGGAUGAUUGAAGCAAUCAUGUAGAGCGGAAGGUUGGACGCAACCAUGAUAGCCGGCUCAACGAUUGAAAGCAAUCUCAAGGGUCGAAGAAUAGCAGGAGGAGCAUUUAUCGAUGAAAUUGACCUCUCACUGCGGUUGUAUUCGGAUGGAGGGUUCAGUUUAAGUUCGCCAAUUUUUUUAAUUCUAUUAGACCGAUCUUUAUUACGUUCUCCAUUUCGUAGGCAUAAUUCUCUAUUUCGUAGGCAUAAUUAUCUAUUUUGUUGAAACUCUUAUAUUUUGUUGGACCCCAUUUGUUGUUUAACGAUUUUUUCGUACACAGAGAAAGACAUAGAAGGGAGGGAUAUA